UGUUGCAGCAGGCUCGGCGUCGGUUCGCACCAUGUCGCAGAAUGGGCGCCUCUGCGGUUUGACGGGGCUUCUGCUGCUACUCCUGCUCUUCCGGCAGCCUGCCAGCGUCGCCUGUCGCCUCAAAUGUCCGGCAGGCGACUUGUGCCCCGCCCACUACGUAUGCUGCUACGAUCAACUCUGCUGUCCGCUGUCAGAGAGGGUGGCAGAGAUAGCCGGCGCGGUGAGUGGAGUCAUCCUUAUGUUCGGAGGCGUUACUUUCUGCUGUAUCAAGUGUUGCAGGACCAGAAGACGAGAUGCCAGCAACCCAGUGCUGAGGACACCCACUGUUGUUCCGACUCCGGCACCAGCUACAGAUGAUGAUGGGGAUCACUUCACGGAGACAUCGCCUCUUAUUCACGACCAGCCUGUGACGUAUGGGUGUCAUGAGGACAUCAGCUAGCCAACUCCACUUCUCAGCAAGUCGACGAAGCGCACGCAUCGCAGUUUGUGAAUCACAGGGGGUCUAACGUGGCCGAGGAAGUGUUAAUCUUGCUGUGGCAACAAAUCAGCUACAGAAAAAUGUGAAUGGGGGCCUUAAGUUCAGCGUUUCAGGCAGGACAUCGCAUUCAGAAAUGUAUUAAGUUAAGCUACUUGGACAACUAGGUGGAGACCUUUGGUAUAGUCAUAGCGAGUUAUUUUGUGAGCUUUUGCCAAAGCGCAUGUAAGUAGUUAGAAAUUCAUGUAAAGUAUAUCAACCAUGCGAACUUUCAAGAAAGUGUUAAACUGUGUCCCAUAUUGGGACUUGAAUCCAUAUCUCUGUUUUUCAUAGAUAACGUUCUAGUCUACUAAUGGAGCUAUCCAACGCAGUUCAUGUUUCUAUGGAGAACAACGUUUUCUUUGUAUUCACACCCCAGGGUAUUCUCCUCUACUCAUCUCUUGACUAGUGCACCUAUGACUGAUGAAAGCGACAGAGAUUGUGUUAGUCGCAGAAUAGGAGCUAGAGACAGUAUGUCUGGUUGGCGUCUGGUAGCAACUGUUAAUGACGCAGCAGGUUCGUUAUAUAUGCUGUCAUUAGGAGGCUGUCUCCGUGUUUAAUAUCCGAGCUAUCGUUAGCCUAGCACAGUGCUGGGUAAAAAGGCCGGCACUCGCUCAUCACCAAGCAAAUCAUCAACGCCCCUGGUGGCAGCAUGGUUGUGUGCCUAAAUAACGUGAAAUUUUGAUGCAAAUAUCCAGCCAUGUACUCAAAAAAGAUUCUGUCAGGAAUGUAGUUGUGCAAAUAGAAAUGUGAUGAUCAGCACCAACAUGAAGUUUAAAGGAGACCUCUUCACAAAUAUUAAGAUCAAUAUUUGGCUCCUUAGACCAUUUGUAGUUUAAGUAUCCCAAAGCUUCUGCCAAAUACUAAAUACCAACAGUGAGUCAUUUGGGUUAAGACUUCAAAAUAUCUCUAGAAACUGAGCAAUAAACAAUAAAAUAAUAAAGGACAAUGGAGGAUAUAGAACGACAGGCGCGUAAAAGACGAAACUAUUGAUUUUCCGCUACAUGGAACUUUCGCCAAUGGAAUAGAGAGUAACUGCACUUUGGGAACCACUUCUUUAAACGGUAUUUGCCGUGACACUACUGACCAGGGGAGACGCUUGUCCUACUAAGUUUCUAUUUUCAGCAUUUUAGAAGACUGGCAUGUUGUAGGUGUGCACUAUAGGACCUCCUGUUCUGAAUUCUGAUAUUAAUCCUGGGUUGUAGAACACCAUCAUACAAAAGACUUUCAAUAGUCUUUCAGUCUGAUUUUUAGUAUGUAAGCUAUUUUUGAUCGAGAUCGUAAGUUUAAACAGUGAGUGAAAUGUAUUCUUGAAAAUGUUUCGGAUUUGCUGCCGGAUCGUAAAAUCAGCUCGAUUCAAUAUUUCGGCGAUUCAACUCUCCGCCAUCUUCAGGAGUCCCACUGAGAACUGAUGCCAAGGCUGCAAACCGACAUCAUAUAUGGGCCUCCGUAUCGUACACGGCGCAUGCAUUGCCCAUCACAAUUGUUGCCCUAUGAGACUGGGCAGGUGGCACCGCCCUUAAUAGAACAUCGGCAGCAACGUUGUAUCGCACUCAGAGACUAUUUUCAAACACUCGGUUAGUUCGCACCUAUAAAGCCACGUGGUUGCUUUCUUCAUCCUACGUAGGUAGAACACAGUUUAUGAUAUUCGGACUGGCGCUAACGUGGAGAUCGGCGGAAUGAAACAGGCGGUUCUGUUCUGGAGGUAAACGGCAGCAGAGAUUACAAAGUGAACGAAUGAACGAAUAACCAAAACAAGUCCAGAGCGUAGCAAAGUCGUCUUAAGCGUAUACGACGAACCAGGGACCAAUCUAAAUCAGAAGCCGCCUGCAGUAGCUGGGCAGUGGCAUUUAGCGGUAAGCACUGGACUAACAGCGGCGCCACCUCACGUACUACUCGCUGCUGUCGCCUAUAGUACAGGUACCUCUGAAGAGUCCUCUGGCUAGGCGGAGAAUCCGGAACACCGUUAGAUGCUAAAAAAAGGAAACGCUUUAACGUAAUGGAAACACGAUAGCAAAUUGUGCUAGAAAAACAUUAUAAUGCUCCAAAGGAGUCUGUUCAGCGAGGGUAGUCAAUCUUUUUUACCUACCGCCCACUUUCGAAUCGCUGUUAGUUGCAAAAUUUUCUAACUGCCCACCGGUUCCAAAGUAAUGGUUAUUUAAGAAGUAUGGAAAUAUCUUUAGCUAUAAAAUUUACAAAAGAGAGUUACAGUAAAUUAAUAAUGAUUAUGUACCAAAUUCUUUAAUCAAAAUAUUAUGAAAACCUAAUGAAAAUGUUUUUAAGACCCCUUCCGCCUACUGCCCACCAUGGAAAUUGGAAAGCCCGUUUGUGGGUGAGUGAGACCUGGUUGACCACCAAUGCUGUACAAAAAAGAUAACCCAAAGUGGCCAUUAGUUUGAUUAAAAUAUCAUACAAUAAUUAUCGAGAAUGGCUGUAGAUAACAUAACCAUAAAAUUUUACAAUAAAGAACUCCUCCCUGCUUUUAGUUGAGAAAGAGGCAGACAGACAGAGUGAGUCUGAUUCCUACCACUGUUCAUGGAUGUCAUGAUUCCAACUGGAUAACAACAACUCUUUGGUCGCAUGGAUCCGAACUGACCACAAAAGACAGUCGAUUUUCACUAUAAUUUGAAGAGACAGUGACAAAAAACUUAGUAUAAAACUGACUCAAAAGUAACACGAUCUGCAAGAAACAAAAAUGAGAGCAUGAAAUGCGUAGAUCAAGAGAAAAGCAUGCAAUGAUCUGACCUGUGUAUAUGGAACAGUAUGUUGAAACUGCAGACCCACAUCGUUCG